CUUUCUCCACCUCCAUCCGGCUGCACAAGCCGAUCACUGUCUGAUCGGCCUGCUGCUUUUUGACACGCAAUGGCAGCCAACCUCGCAAAAGGACGCUCCAGUUCUCUCACAACUGCGGCUGGCUUGGCAAUGCUGCCGUCUCACCAUGCACCCCCGUCUGAUACACCUUCGAGAGGGGUCAUCGCUGCAACUUGCGUCUCUGGCUGAGGCAGAGGAUUGGUGAACAUGAGAGCCUGUGCGUUGAGAACUUCCGGAUUCGGUUCCUUCUUCGUGGUCCCUUGAACUCGAACUGUAUCAGCCGCGCCGAGAUACCCGAUUAUCAGUGGUGGGUGGACUGCCCAGGGGUGAGUGUUUGGUGUUUUGAGUGCACUCCAAGGUGAUGGAGGACGCCUUAUUACCUUUGCUGGGCGCCACUCGUUUCGUGAGAAUUUCCCUUCUCUGCUUCCUUUCCGUCUCUUUCACUUUCCUCUUCUCACUUUUUGAAAGGGCAGCUGGUCUGCAAUUGUGGCUAGCUGUGACUGUCCCUCUUUAGAUUCCCUUCUUUUGACUUUCCUUCAUUAACUGUAUUCAUAUUUCAACGACCCUCCUCAUCGGACAGGAACCGACGACGCUGGAUCGUGGAUGACAGUGCUGGUAUAUUUCACAACGACAGCAACAAAACGGCAAGAUGAGGGUUACAGGACCAGGUGAUCGCAGGAGGAACCAUGCGUGGCUGGAAAUGAGGAGCCGCGAGAGGCGUUGGACUCGACGACAAAUCGAGGAGGAGGAAGACACCUCGGACUCGGAUGGCGAAACUUCUGGGGACGACUCUGGAGACGAUUCAUCUGAUGGCGAGGAUGAUGUACCGACGGUGCCCACACCAAGACCUCUCCUUCCCGUUCCCACGGUAGGGGCUGGCGCUGGGGUUAGUCUACUGCCCGUUCCCGGUACCCCCGCUCCCGUCCCUGGUGGGACAUUGGGUGCCGAUGAGGGCGGCGUCGAUGAUGGUCUGACUUCAGAGUCUGAUGGCAUCGACUCAGGCGACGAUGAUUCGCCGGAUGAGGACGAAGAGGAGGAAAAUGCUGUCCCCCCACCUCCCGUCGACGGCUCUUCGUCCACAUCGACAUCCUCCGUGGAUGGCCCUGCUCCUACCGGAAGCAGCUCAUCCAGCUCGCUUACGGCAUCUGCGACCAUCACCUCUUCCAGCACGAGUACUCAGUCUUCUAGCACCGUUACCGAGUCUGUUUCGGCAUCCAGCACACCGACCAUUGACGACGUUUUGACAUCGGUAACCGCGGAGCCAACCUCUUUGCCACCUUUGGCACUACCCGAAGUCUCCCCAACACCCGGGGCAACUGGCGGUGCUACAGUUGACCAGGAACAGCUCGGGGCAUCGCCAAGCAGGAUGAACGCAGGUGCGGCAGCAGGCAUCAUUAUUGGCACGCUUGCCAUCAUUGGAUGCUUGAUCGGCGCGGCUUUCUUCUGGCGCAAAUGGAGGCGUGAUCGCGGACAACCCUUCAUGCCCGCCAUUGUCCUGCCAUGGAAGAAAGAUAAAGACGGCGACGACUCGGAUGCUGCUCUAGCACCCCCUAAAAUCAACGAGAAAACCAACACGGCCAUCAUGGAUGAUCUCAUGAAGGCGGCAUAUCAAGCCGAGAACGGGAAUGACAUGGAAUAUUACGGAGGGUACCCACCCGACAAGAAGGAGCUCCACCCCAACAUGAUCGACGAAAAGGCCUAUGUUGCCCUGGCUGGGCAUCUCACCCCAAGGACCCCAAAGAAGCCCGUGUCGACCUGGCUGGGCGGUAUCGUGACACCCCGACAGUCUCAGGGCCCCGCGUUCCCCCCUAGUCCCAUGUAUUCCGAAGCUGAAAGACGCGAGAAUGAGAGACGACAAGUUGGGUCUACGAUUCCCGGAACGAUGGCUGUGCCCAAGCUGCAGCCCCCGCCUCCGGCCAAGGCAAGGACGACCAUGACUACGGAUACAACCAACACGAGUGUGAGGUGGUACGGUUAG